AGAAUAGAAAUAUAUUUUUUUUUUAACUUUUUUAGCUGUUAAUUUGUUAAUUCCAGUAUUGAAAAAGUAUAUUUCUGUCGUAAAAUUGUUUAAAAGUUCGCGAAUGUUCGGGUAAUUAGUUGUCCGUGACGCAAGAAUCGGAAACGUUCGAGUACAUUUUUGUGCCUCGUGUGAACAAUAAAGCAAAGACCGUUCGUUGUUUUCCAUAAUGGUACUGUUGAAAUUACGGUACCGGUUGACUGAUACUUGAAGUUUUGCUAACAUAAAGGAAACCCCAGUUGGCUUAGCAGGUGGUAAGAACUCCAACCUGAUGACGAACGUGACUACCUGCAGACUUCUUUGUGAAACGACCGUCAUUACAAGGAUCAAGAUAUUCUGGAAGGUAUUGAACGUCUUAAGUUAUCAUGCUGUGAAAGAAAGGCAAAUUGAAUUUGAUUUUCAGGAUUAUGAUACAGUGUUGGCUACCAAAUUAUGCUUUGCAUAUUUACAAUAUCCUGCGGUUAAGUUUUAUGCUUGUAACGAAAAUGAUAAAAACAGUAGACAAUUAUUACUAGCAUUUGCCUGGCUUCUCGGAAGUCAAGAUGCUCUUCGUAUCGUAGUCCGAACGAUUGUGGCUAACAGUGUUUUUGGAAGAGAAUGUUCAUACUUGAAUAAUUUUAAAAGAAAAGAAGCAGCGUAUAAUGUACCAGAAACCCAGAUUGAUCAGAUAAACGAUAUUAUACAUUUAAAUGGUAAAGUGAACUAUAAUAUCAGAGAAAUAUCCAAUCUUGUUAAGGAGAGAGCUAAUUUAAUAAGCAGAGUUCAUGCGGUAACUACUAAUGUUAGUGGCCUCCCUCAUUUAUCUGUAUCGGAACUGGCUCUAAUAAAGCGUAUAGCAACCAGUAAAAGAAGUGUGCCAUCCGAGGAGGAUCAGAAAUAUUUAAAGGAACUAUUUACCAUUGGAAAUUUAUUGGAUGUCCACGUGAAGUGGCUGAGAAAAGAGUGUAUAUUCUUUAAAUGGAUGGUAACAGUAGUGGAGGAGCACCAUAAAUCUUUGAGCUCUGGUUUACAUGACAUAAACUGGGAUGAAAUUUUCAAAUUUAUAUCCACACUACACGAUAUUAUGCAAGAGAAACUUAAAGUUUUAUCUUCCAAAAAGAACUCUGAUUGUCAAGACUAUAAAUUUAAAUAUGCGUCGCGCUUGUUGAUAGCUCAAAAUGACCGCGAGGGAAUGGAAAAUUUAUUCUCAGAGAUCUCAACAGAAUUAAACAAAGAAACCGAAAGUCUAUCAGAAAAAAAGGAGAAACUAUCCAAGGAAUUAAAGAAACUGUUACAAUUAAUUCCGUCUUGUAUCCAACUUUAAUGUUUAUAAUAAAAUAAGAAAAAUGCACGAACAUACAGCUAACACGUGAACACAAUAAUCUUACAAUUAGAAGGUACUUUUAAGUGAGCUUUAUACCAGUGUCCGGUGUGUACGACACCACGUCAACCACCCCGAAGGAUGAGAUGAACACGUUAAGGAUAGUCACUAAAAAUAUACCGAUCACUGUCCAAUUGUUUGCUCUCUCAGCCUUGCACAUUUGAGCGGUGUCUUUGACAUUGUAUCUGCUGUUCCAGAUCAGUCCUAUCCCCACCGCGAUUUGCAAGAAUAAACUGGCGCCUAUCAUAACCAGCGACGGAUAGUAAUAAGGGUGACCUCCAUCGGUCUGCAGAACAUAACGCAACUGAUUCGCAUUCGCUGACAAGAGAGCUAAAUCCAUCAUUCCUUGCGCCAGCGUUUUCUUGUGUUGGUAGAUGUUUACAUCGGGAAUCGGCUGAAUCGGAGGAACUGGGAAGAACGGUGUCCUGCUGUCUGGGAACACGGGAAUGUCCGGUAUCCGAGGAUCUUCCGGUAGCAAACCAUCGUCUAUCCCCCGAUGAUCGAACCCAAUUGACGGUUUCCCUUCCGGUUUGAGGUCAUCGAUCUCUGGUCCAGAAGUUGGCCGGGGAUUAUUCGUAUUGUCUGUCUCUAGCAGGGCACCCAGUCGCGGCCCAAUGGUAAUACCCUCCAGUUCCUUAGACGUCAACGGCUGAGACACUUCAUCCCUAACGUCAUCCAUGUAGAGAAUCUCAUCUCCUUUGUCUUUUAAUAGAUCCAUCUCUUUCUCUUCCAUGACACCUCUUCAAAUGGAACAAAAGGAUUUUCGACGCACCACUCCUAUUGUUAGUGCACAGGAAACGCACGGUUCUGAAGGUCCAACAUGGAAACAGCUAAUUUUCUCAAUUCGCCGAUCGUUUCCCCGAUUUGCCGCGUGAAACGAUUCAACCGUAUCACAGUUGCGACAAUGCAAAUUUGCGGUUUACGGUUCACGGUUCGCGGUAUCUACCCCAGUUGAAUAUUAACGCGAUACACGUUGCGUAUGUGCCAACCGUGUACGCGACGGGUAGAAGUUUGCGCACUCGCGCACCACUGCCACCGCGCUUAGACGGAACCGAUCUGUUGCACGCAAGUUGAUAGAGCUUCCAUUCACUCGGUCGAAACGAGCUGAUUCACGAUUCGCGUUCGUGACGUCACUGUUAUAACGUCAGGGUUUCCUUCGGCACGGGAUUUACCAGUUUACUCAAGGACGUUAUCCGCUUAAUUAAUUCACGCGUUCGAACAAUGUCCGAACACAUAAUCCGACACGUUCGUUGGAAACCGUUAAGCGACUCCAAUUAUUCAUCUAGACCAAGUCACCGGGCGACGCGAGCUGCUUAAUAUCGACUCUAUAAUUUACCGAGAACAAUGCGACUGGAGUCGGGAAAACCAUUAGGACUCGCCGAGUUGCGUGCUACUGUCACGUGCUUUCUGAGAUAGAUGAAAACGACGCUCCUCUAAAAUGCCCCGAGUCUAGUGUCGUAGUAGGGGAAUGGCAUUGCUCCAACGGAACCUUGUAUGAUCCUCGAUAUACUAUAAAUAAUAUGUAACGUUCGCAGUUCUUGGAAUUAAUGAAAUCACAAAGCAUAUUCUAUUCCACUAACAGCGAAGGGGAAAUGGAAAACUGCUUCGCGCAGUUUUCUUGAUAAAUAUAUUUAAGAGUUACCGAGAAUACGAAGUGAUAGGAUUCUUCUUAGAACGAUAAAAUGCUCUCUUAAUAACGGCGACGAUUAUUUUUAUAAAUAAUGGAAUCAGGAAUCCCAGGAUUCAUCAUUAUUCCGUACAGAUGAACGCGAGUAAGUUUCAUUUUACUUUUCUGUAAUCAUCAACGGCUCGAGACACGUUUUACGCCUACGGGUACCAUCGCACAGCUUGCUGUGACCACGUAACGAUACUGGGAACCACAAACACAAACUCCAUUCGAAAGUUCCUUAUUCGUGAACCUUCUCGCGCGAAUCUCUGGGGAACAACCACUCGGAUUCUCUGAUUUUUACACGAGACAAAACUAGUACGGGAGCCGUGAAUCACCGGCGGGAAAUGCAUACAUCAUCACGUCUCGGUGAAGUAUUGUAAAUCGGUCAAGCCCGAUAACUCGUGCCGAAGUAAUCAGAUGCAAAGAUCUCGUAGUCGUCUGCGCUUUACGAUUUCUAAAAUUAUCCUGCACAGAACCGAUUCUGUAUAACUAUGUAUGCGGAAUCGUAGUAUUGAGCUAGCCCGUCGUCAAGUAAACAACCGUGCCGUUCACUGAGAUUAGGGAGACGCAUUCCUGCAGUCGCGCUCGGAGCGCGAAAACUGGUUGAAGGGACUUCGCGUGAAAUUCUCGGAAGCAGCAUCGCCUAUUUCAUUCAAGUAUCUUACACUGGCUUGUGUUGGCUUCGUAGGUCCUUCGAAUCGGUUGCGCAACUAAAGAAGAGUGAGGUCAUUCAUUUUUGAUCCAUGGGAAGAUUAAUAUGAACGGAGACCAUGAAGACUCAGAAGUGUUGCGCUCACUGUCCCGGAAAAUUGGUCCCUU